CUUCUAAUAUGAAUCUUGCGAUAAGAUAUUCUUUAUUGAAUACAACAAGUUAUCUAAGUGUAGUUUAGAAUCUUAUGACACUUGUCAUUUAUUAACUUCUCAGCCAUGUACAAAGAAACAAAUAAUUCAUUCAAUCACUCAGUUUUCAAACUUACCAAUACAUCUCCUCAAAUUUAUUUUGCUGAACGACAAAGUCCGAAACAUAAAAAAAGGCAAAUUCCCCAAGCAAAUCGUUCAUCUAAAAAAUCGAAACUGUUCUACGAUGAAUUCAGUGACGUGGAACAUAAGCAUUAUACACAAAAAACUUAUGAUGACAAGUCUUACACUCCAGAGCGUCCAAUGUCUGUGAAGGAUGAGAACAUGAAAGAAGAAAAUGAUUUUUUAAGUCCCCAUACUCCUGAUUUGGAGGAUUACCAAAACAAAGUUUUAGAACUCAUUUCAAACGACAUCAGAGCAGAGUCUCAAAGUAAAACAAGCGGCGAAUUAAAUCGAAUUAAUGAAUGUCCGGAGAACUUUGAAUCAAGAAAUAAUUUUUCACCUCUCACAAAUUCGAGUUCCUUUGAUUCUUCAAAAGUUUAUGAUCAUCGUCAAAUAAAAACCAAGGAUAAAACUUUUUCAUCAAAUGUUGGAAAGUUUUCAUCAACACCGUCUGAAGAAACUUCUACUCAAUCUUCAGAAAAUGAAACAACAAAAUUACUUGUUGCAACUUUAUUGAAAAGUGUAAAACUCGUCGAGAGAAAAUGUCAGCGGGACUUGAAACGAAAGCAAAAAGAAUAUCGCAAAAAUCAGAUUAUUUCUGAAGUUCAGAAAUUGCGUCUCGAGUUAAACAAUAAUUUGGAUGAUAAUCUUGAAACUAGAUUUCGUCAAUUAGAUGCUCGUUUAUCUGAUGGUUUGCUUUCGAAAAAAUCAAACUUUUAUAAGAAAAUGAAGAAACGGCGAAAGAAUUUCUCAAUGUUGUCAACAGUUAAUGAAAUUAUUAUCAAGAAAGGAAUUUCAGCCAUACCGAAUAAUUCACUUCCUUCGCCUCCAAUUGGAAAUCCUCCAAAACAUAUUCCUCAGCCACGAAUUAAAAUUAAUCCUCCAGACCUUUAUAUUUAUUUAAAUGUGAAUAUGGAACCAAUGAUUGAAUUAGUUAUUCCUGACAAUAUCACGAUGGCCGACCAUCAUACACCACAUCAUGCUUAUAAAGGAAAGCUUGUAGAGCAAAAAAUAAAGCGAUUAACUGUUUUAAAGGAAACUGAACAAAAACAUUAUAUUAAGAAUUCUCCAUCAUUUCGUCAUCUGCAAAGUGAACCAUCGCGUGUAAAGAUGCUUUCUCAGUUGUUUGAAGAACAUUCAAGAACACAUGCAACUGUGCUGGCUAAUAAGUUCGUAAGUAAAUCACAGCCAUCAUCACCAACAUCUUAUGAAUCGCCAAAAGCAAGAUCAAGUUUAGGAAAUUCCCCUGCAAAAUCUUCUUCAAAGCUCGAUAGAAUAAUAAACGAAUUGCUUCAGAAAGAGUUGAGUUAUCUUCAAGCACUGGAAAGAGGGAUUCAGUAUUAUGUGCGUGUUAUCAAAGCUGGCAAUCCAGGAGUCCCAGAAAUUCUGAAAAAUCAAACUUUUCGAUUGUUCGGGAACAUUGAAGAGAUUUAUAAACUUCAUAAAAAUUCUGUUUAUCCUCGACUUUUGAUUGCUAAUGGAAAUGCUCGACAAAUAGCUGAAACUUUAAAUUGUUUCAUAACAAAUGAUCUCUUCUACUGUUACAUUAUCUACGCUAUCAAUCAAAAAACUGCUGAACAAUUGAUUUCGUCUCACUACAAUUUUUUUGAAGAUCUUCGAAGCACUUCUGAUGAUUUUCUUGGAAUUCAUUCAUUUGUUAUUCAACCUAUCCAGAAGUUACCAAGAUAUAAAAUGUUUCUCGAUGAGAUUAUAAAAGAAUUGAUGAGACAAGAAAUGACAGCAAUUAACAAAGAAAUUUUAGCAAUUUGCUGUGUCGCUGAGAAAAAUGUUCAACGCUUACUUGUUCGACUCAACGAAGCUUUAUCCAUCAAUGACAUCAUAGAGACACAUGAGUUUAGCGCAACUGUGCAAGUGAAAGUAAUGUCAGCUAUUUCCCAUGAUUACGGAGUUGAUUGCAAUGACAUGGCGCCAGUAAUGUUGAUAGUUCCAAAGAAUAGUUCACACUUCCAGUUUCGCGUGCCGUUCAAUGUCUUUAGUCUCGGAAAAUUUAUUAAAUGUUCAACGUUCAAAGCAAUUGAAGAUUUUCUUAAUCGAAAAUUCACAAGCAAAGUCUUCAUUUUUGAAAAAUGUUUUCUAUACACGAAAGUAAUUAAUAACAACGUGUUGGGAUAUCGAAACCAUUUCUUCUUUGGCGCCUCGUUUAGUUUCGUGAGGGACGAUCGUGAUAAGUUUAAAAUUGGUGGUGUCAGUAAGAAACAUGAUGUAACUUUUUCAAGUGACAAUAUUGAAAGCAUUGCUGAGAUUAAGAAGAUCAUCGAUCAAUUGCACAAUCCUAGACGAUCAGGAGAUUCAGCUUUCGUUGAAGGGAGUGAACUGAUGAUAAGUGAAGAUCAAGAUAUCUUGACAACCGACGACGAUAAUGAUGAAGAUGAAGAAUGGGUCGUCACUGAAUCUCAAGCCAACUUUGAAGAUAUUUGCGAUUUAGCAAUUCAAAAUGAUCCUUAUAGACAAGAAGAUAAGAAAGAUUUUCGCAUGUUUUGA